AAGAAGUUUUCAUGUCACCUCAACAAAAACAUGUUGUUCAGUUUAUCUCUUUCCUGGAAGAGCUGAGUUGAGUUUUAUUGUUCUGAAGUUGUUGUUAUCUCAAGUUGGUUACCACCACUUCUUAUUUCACCUCUUAUUUUAAUCCAGUUCUGGUGGGUUUUUAUUUUUUAUUUUUAAAGAAAAGUACCCGCAUGGCAAUUUCACAGAUUGUAAAUCCUUCCAAGGACAAGUCCAGCCACGUCCAUUCCCGGGCCAUUUGGCAAACACAUGCCCAACAGUUUAAGUCCUCUCACUUUUCACGUAUGGACCAAAGUCAUACAUUAUAUUUAGGUGAUGGUUACGUGGCUGAAAUGGGAUGUGCGGUCUGGAGCCACCGCCAUCUGUCACCAAUGAUGAAUUCCAAUGAAUGGAAGCCCUGACACAGAGCUUUCACAAUCCUUUUCAAUUCCACUCCGCCCCUAAAAAGGGCAACAAGAGCUCAUCAACAAGUAGGACACGCACUAAAAAACCUGCACACCACCAAGGAAUGUGACUGGAAUUCCUUUGCCAGAAAAUUAGUAGCACUGAUGUAACCAAUAGCAGACUGCAGUUAUACCGCUAACAGGACAGACACACACACACAUGUAUACAGUCAUUCACAGUACCAGACCAUUUAGCAAGGAGGAGGGGGGAGCAGAAGGGUCAGGAAUAAGGGGGGGGACUGUGGGAGGUGCAGAAGGAGGAGGUGAUUGUUGGGGAGACUAACAGCAUAUAAAGGUGGAGCGAGGAAUAGACGCAGCAAGACCGGGAGGAAGGAGCCUCUUCACUUUUACCACAGAAAUACCCAACUUUCGCAAAAGCCACAGUCCAAUGGCUGCCAGCAGAGAUUUGGCUUUUCCCCUGGUGAUCCUGUGCCUGGUUCUCAUCAGAGGUUCCUCUCCCCUGCCUGCGACAUCCCGAGUCCCGGAGAAGGAUCCCGUGAGACCCCAGACCCCGCGUGGGAUGGAGUACGACUACAAGUUCCCCACAGAGGACUACUCCGACCACACCCCCGCCACACCUUCAACGCCGAAAAGAGAGCCUCCGAACGGAGGCGCCUCCAAGCGAUGCCCCUACGACACCUGUCUCGAGGGUCAGGUCCCCUGCGCUGCCCUGGCCUCCUCCACCGGAUGCCGGUGUCCAGGCUCCACGUUGUUCAACGAGGUCCCGGAGGCCCCCGAGCUCAAGUCGCUGUCCCUCAACGGGUCCGACGUCGUCGCUCGCUGGUGCGCGCCCAACUCGUACGUCACGGCGUACGUGGUGAGCGUCGGGGGCGAAGACAGGAGGACGUUCGCCAGGGAGCGCCGGAGCGGCCCGCUGGGCCACGUGGACGCCGCGGCGGAGGUUUGCGUGGCGUCGGUGAACGACGCCGGACGCAGCGGGGGGUCCUGCCUGGAGCACCGGCCCGCGGGCGGCGGCCUGCCCCUGACGGCCGGACUCGUCGGGGGAGGCCUGGGCUUCCUGCUGUUCUCCGUCCUCGCCGUCCUGCUCUGGAGGCGCAAGAGGCAGCGGAAACGGGAGGCCGGCAUCUCCGUGCACGACGCACAGUGAGGCGGGACUCCGCCCGAGGAGACUCCUGGGGGGGGGGGGGGUUACGUUGAAAUGUCCGAGGAGGGGGGCGGUUACACUGUGGGGAAAUGAACACAUCAGUCCCCACAUCCCCACAUCUGGGAAGACCACGUUUCUCCAAAAACAUCAGCUGUCAUGUUCCCCAGUAAUCCAAUCAGGGUUUAACUUAUUAAGUAGCAGCAGGGAGCACAGAUUGCUAAUGUUUCUCUUUUUUUUAUUGUCAAGGAUCAAAUUAGUUUUUCUUCUUUUAACAGUGUAGGUUGUUUUAAUGAGGGCGAUAUUAUUUGUAAUACAACUAAAAGGGUGAUUUCCGACUAGAGACAAUGGCCGACAAAGGUUCCAAUCAUUUGCGGUCCUGUUACAAUAAUUUAAUUGAGGUAAGGUAGGCCCUCAUUGUAAGUUUUAAAGAGUAUUUAAAUACGGAGUGAAAUGAUGUACUGAAAAGACUGGAAGUGAAUUUUGUGCUGUAUUAUAUUCCGUAUUUAAAUGAAAUAGUUUGGUGUAUUGCCAUUGAGAUGUGUCAUGUCAAUCUUCCUAAAGUACUAAAGAGACGACGGAAGUCUACAGCACACAAAACGAGACUGAAACUACUGAUUAUGAAGUAUUUUAGACAUCUUUUGGAUGGGUGAGUCGUGCCAUCGUACUGGAUGAGCACGAGUGUUCCCAGCUGUCUCAGCCUUUUCUCCGGAUGUAGAAUUUUGUGAUGCUGGUCUCAUUCCAGCCCAGACUUGGCUCAAACUGGUAUGAAGCUUUUUUUUUGUUUUUUGUGUACAAGCUUGCAUGUGCAUGUCUCUCAGCCACGUUCUGAUUCCUUUCUGCUCCGGUUGAUGCCACGGAGUCGUUCCGCUGCUCCCGGCCUCCUCCUCGCUCACCACACCGCUGCAUUACUAACAAUCGCUAAGAGUCUGACGAUAUAUAAUAAGGAAUAAGAGUCCGAGUCUGAGAGUUUGACGUCAUACGACUUCUGUAAAUUGGGAGAAAUGGCUGAAAUGGCCUGAAAGGUGUUGAGUUUGCGACACACAUUCAGCCCCCGAGGGCAGUCGCCCUCACACCCAGAGGAAAGUCUUGGCAUGUGCGGACCAGUUUGAGACAAAAUGCAAAAACAGGGGCGUACAAUGCUGUGUUUGUUUUUAGCAAAAAAUCCUUUUGAAUCCUUAAACCUACAAAAUAGGUUUGACGGGAACUGCAAGCAGAGCAGUGCAUUUCUGCCGAUGGUACUAGAACAGCACAAUCACAUGUGGUUUAUAUUAAUUCAAAAUGAAUGUGGUUUCUUUCUCAAUAAAAACAUUUUAUUUGUGGAACUUUGGAUGUUUU